UCGAGGAGGGGAGCGCGCCGGAGUGCGAGGGACAGAGUGAGAGGAGGAGCGCGGGAGCGGCGCAGGCGAUCCAGCGAAUUCAUUACUGUAAACAUCUCCCGGGGGUGUCAGGAGGGGUGGGGGUGGGGGCCGCGGCGUCUACAUUAGCCCCGACGCAACCGAUCGAGGCAGCAGUGAGGUCGGAGCAGCCUCAGGACCCACGCCCCGCCGGCGCAGCACUUGGAGCGAGCCCCGCGCCCGCCCCCGCGCAGCCCCGCGCUGCGCCCUGCUCUGGGCUCCGCGCGGUGGGUUCUCAAGCGCCCGCGGCGCGCCCGUCCGGCUUUCCGGCUGACCCCCGAGGUCCUCCGGUCUCUGAGGAGCCCCGGCGCGGCGGGGCCUCUUUUCGCUGCCUUCCCCGCUCUCUCUGCUUCUUUCGGAACUCGUGGCUUGGUCUAGGCGGAGAGGGGGAGGCUGAGGAGGAAAGGAGGCGGGGGCCGCGGCGGCCGGAGCCGAGAGAAAGUGGCAUGCCCGAGCCCUGGAGGCGGAGGUGGCGGAGGACGGGGGAAGACGAUGCCGCGGCUCCGUAGAGGAGAAAGGCGAGAGCGAGCUAGGCGAGCGGGCCGCCCGGGCUCCGGCAGGCUGCGGGGAGGCGCGCGCCGCUCUGAGGCUCCGGCCUCCGCACCCCCGCGCCCCGACGCUGCGGGAGACAAGGCUGGGCUUCAGCACCCGCCACCGUCGCCGCCGCCGCCACCCGGAGGACCUAGCAAAAGUUUGGAUCUGGGGGAGGACGCGGUGCUGAGCGAGAUUACCACCGAGGCUGGAAGGAGACCUCGAGAACCUUCGCAGGUUGCAGAUUGAGCUUAACCAAGAAGUUCAGAGUCUGAUCAACGCUGACCUGAUCUACAAUAAGAGAAGGGAGUUCCAGUUCUGCCUGCCCAGCUGGGCCCCUGGUGACCACUGAAAACUUGGCUUCACUCAUUGCCUGUGUGUGAAAAUUCUCCCUAUUGAAUUUUUUCUUUUUUCUUUCUUUUUUUUUUUUUUUUCACAUGGAGGACAAUAACAAAGACAACACAGGCUGAUAAAACCAGAGACCAUAGGAGAAUUCUUUUACCACAGGCCUUCAAGACUUUUCCUCUACUUGGAGUUCUGGACUUUAACAGAACCCUGUCCAAUCACUUUGGUUUUGCUAUAUAUAUAUAUAUAAUUUUUUUUCUUCUCUUUUUAGUUUCCCUACCACCUUGUAUUUUGUUUCUGUACUUCAGAAAUGGGCCUACAGACCACACAGUGGCCCAACCAUGGGGCUUUUUUCCUGAAAUCUUGGCUUCUUAUCUCCUUGGGGCUCUACUCACAAGUGUCAGAAAUCUUGGCGUGCCCUAGCGUGUGCCGCUGCGAUAGGAACUUUGUCUACUGUAAUGAGCGAAGCUUGACCUCAGUGCCUCUUGGGAUCCCGGAGGGCGUAACCGUACUCUACCUCCACAACAACCAAAUUAAUAAUGCUGGAUUUCCUGCAGAACUGCACAACGUCCGGUCCGUGCACACGGUCUACCUUUAUGGCAACCAACUGGAUGAAUUCCCCAUGAACCUUCCCAAGAACGUCAGAGUUCUCCAUUUGCAGGAAAACAACAUUCAGACCAUUUCACGGGCUGCUCUGGCCCAGCUCUUGAAGCUCGAGGAGCUUCACUUGGAUGACAACUCGAUAUCCACAGUGGGGGUGGAGGACGGGGCCUUCCGGGAAGCUAUUAGCCUCAAACUGUUGUUUCUAUCCAAGAAUCACCUGAGCAGUGUGCCUGUGGGGCUUCCUGUGGAUUUGCAAGAGCUGAGAGUGGAUGAAAAUCGAAUCGCUGUCAUAUCAGACAUGGCCUUUCAGAACCUCACAAGCUUGGAGCGUCUGAUCGUGGAUGGCAACCUCCUGACCAACAAGGGCAUCGCCGAGGGCACCUUCAGCCACCUCACCAAGCUCAAGGAAUUUUCCAUCGUGCGGAAUUCCCUCUCCCACCCCCCUCCCGAUCUCCCAGGUACACAUCUGAUCAAGCUCUACCUGCAGGACAACCAGAUCAACCACAUCCCUCUGACAGCCUUCUCAAACCUGCGCAAGCUGGAACGGCUGGAUAUAUCCAACAACCAGCUGCGUGUGUUGACUCAAGGGGUCUUUGAUAAUCUCUCCAACCUGAAGCAGCUCACUGCUCGGAAUAACCCCUGGUUUUGUGACUGCAGCAUUAAAUGGGUCACAGAAUGGCUCAGAUAUAUCCCUUCAUCUCUCAACGUGCGAGGUUUCAUGUGCCAGGGGCCCGAGCAAGUCCGGGGGAUGGCCGUCAGGGAGCUGAAUAUGAAUCUUUUGUCGUGCCCCACCACGACCCCUGGGCUGCCCGUCUUCACCCCUACCCCAAGUACAGCCUCUCCAACGACUCAGCCCCCCACCCUCUCCGCCCCAACCCCCAGCAGAAGCGAUACCCCCCUGACUCCCACCACCUCCCGACUGCCCACCAUUCCUGACUGGGACGGCAGGGAAAGAGCGACCCCGCCAAUUUCUGAACGGAUCCAGCUCUCUAUCCAUUUUGUGAACGACACGUCCAUUCAAGUCAGCUGGCUCUCUCUCUUCACGGUGAUGGCAUACAAACUCACAUGGGUGAAAAUGGGCCACAGUUUGGUGGGCGGCAUCGUCCAGGAGCGCAUUGUCAGCGGUGAGAAGCAGCACUUGAGCCUGGUGAACCUAGAGCCCAGAUCCACCUACCGGAUUUGUUUGGUGCCCCUGGAUGCUUUUAAUUACCGAGCUGUGGAGGAUACCAUUUGCUCUGAGGCCACCACCCACGCCUCCUAUUUGAACAACGGCAGCAACACUGCUUCCAGCCACGAGCAGACGACUUCCCACAGCAUGGGCUCCCCUUUUCUGCUGGCCGGCCUGAUCGGGGGGGCAGUGAUAUUCGUGCUCGUGGUCUUGCUCAGCGUGUUUUGCUGGCGCAUGCACAAAAAGGGACGCUACACGUCCCAGAAGUGGAAGUACAACCGAGGUCGGCGGAAAGAUGACUAUUGCGAGGCCGGCACCAAGAAGGACAAUUCCAUCCUGGAGAUGACCGAAACCAGCUUUCAGAUCGUCUCCUUAAAUAACGAUCAGCUCCUUAAAGGAGAUUUCAGACUGCAGCCCAUUUACACCCCGAAUGGGGGCAUUAAUUACACAGACUGCCAUAUCGCCAACAACAUGCGAUACUGCAACAGCGGCGUUCCAGAUCUGGAGCACUGCCACACGUGACAGCCAGAGCCCCGGCGUUAGGAAGGCGGACAGUGAGACUCUCCAGAACACACACGUGUGCGCACCUAGAGACACGCGAAUUACAUUUGAUAAAUGUUACCCAGAUGCAUUUGUGCAUUUGAAUACUCUGUAAUUUAUACGGUGUACUAUAUAAUGGGAUUUAAAAAAAAAAGUGCUAUCUUUUCUAUUUCAAGUUAAUUACAAACAGUUUUGUAACUCUUUGCUUUUUAAAUCUUAAAAAAAAAAAUAGUCGCUGAAGUACUGUACAGGGUUGUACAAGGAGAACCCAACGCCAAGGCAAAAGACGGAGUGAUUCUUCCUCAUGAGGCACAUUAGCCGUUUUUGCUGUGGAAGCUGUCAGAGUAAAUUCCUUUCUUACUGUUGGUGGGUGGUUAGAUGAAAGGGCAGAUUAGAAGAGCUCAUCAGGGUAGGCUAAGUGAUAGGAUGAAACAAGAAAUGGCCCAGUAUGCCCUUCCUAGUCUGGAAGAGAAGUUAAAAAUCUCGAAAUAGAAGAAAGGAGGUAGUUACCCUGAGUUGACCCAAAGCAGGAAAUAGAGAAAAGCAUCCUGAGGAAGCCCGUUCCUGUAAGAUAAGUUAACCCAACCCGGCAGAACCCAGCAAAUGACAUUUUGGAAAAGAACUUCAAACUCGGGUGUUGGCUUUCUGACCGGGAGCUUAAAAAUCACUCCUCAUGCUUCCCUGACCCUAUAUGAUAACAGAGUUAGAGACUUGAGUCUGAUUUCAGUCAUCUGCAGGGACAGGUAGGAUGUUCCAGCAAGAAAACUCCCUUUAAAAGUGUUACUAUUCAAAUUAUAUGUCAGGUUGAAUCACAUUCAACAGAGAUAUAUUCUAGAAUACUUUUUUAGAAGAGGCUAAUAAAAUAAUGGGAAGAAUUAUAUUGAAUGGAAUUAUUUUUGAUAAUGAGAAUUAUUUGGGUAGAUUCACUGCAGCUAUGUCAACAUGAUAUUUAGACCAACAAGAGGUUAGUGUUUGGAAUAUACUGAACUUGUUAUUUAAAAACUAUUGAUACCAUUUAGACAAAAACAAGUCAUGAGUGGUUCUGCUAUACUUUAUCAAAUGACUGUGUUAACACGUAUCAUGUUGAAAUAGCUUGAAUUAAUACCUUUAUCCCCUCGCAAAUUUGUCUUCCAAUCACUUCACAUAUAUUUUCGUAAUUAGCUAUUUAUGCUACAUUUGUUUGAUUUUUUUUCCCACUCUGCUUAAAAUUUGAAAGAAAAUUUUAGAUGACAGUUUGGGUUGCACAAAAUAUCCAUAUAUACUUAAACACUUUAAAAUGUAUACUAAUUUUCAGUGUUAAUAAUUCUAUGGGGACACAUCAAAGCUGGAUGAUUUUUUUUUUUUUUAAAGCAAUACUGAGCUUCCACUUUGAACUGACUUUGACCAGUGUUCCAGUUUUGAAAUUUCAUUUAUUCCUUUUCAGUCUUGGAUGUCCCUCUUGUUUGGGAAUCAUGAGGGAUGAUCAAUCUUUUAUUAACAGGAUAACAUGAAAAAUGAACAAGUCAGGGAGUGUGAGCUUGUUCCCCUAAUCUUGGCAGAGUGGGGCAUACAGCAGAGGGCACAGGGAAGGGAGGGAUGUUGUGUUUAAUUCUAGAUAUUUUUGAAGCAAUGCCCAUCUUCACAAAGUAUGUAUAACUUACUCCUUUUCAUCCCUUAGAUGUAGAAGGGCUAUCGAUCGCAUACAUUAUCUAAAAUACACACACCCUUGGAAAAUUCCUUAUAAAAUCCAAUUUCAUCCUAUGUUGCAUAUUUCCUUUACCGCUGGCCAUUUUUUAGGGACCUAUGAAGUUAAUGUCACAAUCAUUUUCGCUUUCUCUCUCUCUCUCUCUCUCACUUUUAACAAAAUAGAACUGUGAUGUGUCUUCUUUGUAAGAGUUUAGGUAUAAAAUGCUAUGCAAGUUUUUCUUUAUAGUAAGAGCUUUAUUUUCUUUAAUAAUGUACCCCCAACUUAUAUGUUUUAAUCUCCCUUGUCCCUCAGAAUAAGCAGAAAAUAUAACUGAAGUUAUAAUGUUGUAGAAGCAAGAAUCAAAACUGCAGACAGUUGAGCUGAAAUUAGCUAUGAAUUAAUUUGAAUUAAUUCUAAAGUGACUUAGGUUUCCCUUUUAGUCUAUUAGCUAGCAAAUUUUGGCUGUUGCUAUUUUAAAUCUAAUUCCACACAGCAAAGGGACAAGACAGUCUGUGAAGGUGAUCAGUGUAAACGGUAAGCCAUGUAACAUUCAGGACAUUGACAUGGGGUUUUGUGUACUUACCUGGAUAAUUCCCUUCCACUGUCCUCUUCCCCUUGGCUGUGUAGAUAAAACAAUGUGUUGAAAUGAUGGUACUUGGACUUUUGAGGGUUUUUUCCUCUCUUAUCCACAAAAUAAUCAUUUUCACUUAUUUCUCUUGUGUGUAUAACACUAGCCUGGUAUUUGGCUGCUGAGACAUUUUUGUUUUGGGCCAAGAAGACCAAUGUUGGAGAGGUUUCUAUGACGUCUUAUGGGAUUCAUAAAAUUAUUUGGGGCUUAACUGGUACAAUGAAGACCUAGUCACUUGAAGUGGCUCCUUUGCUAGAAGAUGUUCCUGAAGAGAUAGAAUGUAGUUAUAGGCUUCACUUUGCUCUUGCACACAAUAUGGCAGAGACUGCUAAAAUUCAUAUCAAUGUGUCAUUUGUCAUGGCAUACCUGGGGCUCUCGCUUAUACCAGGAUAGAAAGCACAUCACUGUAUUUGUAAUGUCUUAUGUGUCUUAGGAAAACUGCUGAAUAACCAACCAUAGGUGUUGGAUUAGGGUUUGGCAUUUGCAGUCACAGGAAUGUGUUCUACUCUGUAUUCAAGCCUCUUUUGCUGUCAUUGUUUUGUAUUUUGAGAUUAGUCAAGAGUCACAGUUGAAGGUGCAGGCCCAGGCGUGGACAAAGCCAUACACAACGGACUGGCUUAUAAAGAGCUUGACGCUGUUUGACCAAACAAGAUGAUCAGAUAAUACGCAGCCACUUUCAGAGCUAGGGGACUGUCACUGUGCAAAGGAAAUUCUAAAAGGAAAAGAUAUAGCCAUGAUCACACAGAUAUUAUGGAUCGUUAUUCAUACCCAGGGUUGUCAUUAAUACCUAUUUGUUUGGGGAGACGUGCUGGAAUAGAGAGAGGCUCUGGGCUUCCCACAAAACUCUCAAAUGCAUUAACAGUCAUUGCAAUGCACAACCACGGGCAGAGACAAAAAGUGUGUUUCCCUGUGUAAGAAGUGGAACACAUUCCAUCCCAUGAGAAAUAAUGCAAUUUCUAAUUAUCUGGAUGCUUGUUGAAAAUAUAUUAGAUAUGUUCCCUGAGGUAAAAACAAAAACAAAAAACCUGUAAUGUGACUAGUCUGGCAAAAUUAUUAAUGAAAUAGCUAAUUCUAAGUCCCCAUUUCCUAUGAGUGCAGAUCAUGAUGGUCUUAGUCAUUUCACAAGAUCACAACUUACUUCCCCUUUGUGGAAAACCUGCUCUGCACGCGGCCAGUAGGACACCCAGUCCAAACACAACUUACAGGGAACAGUUGCUGCACUAGUCUGGGGAACCUCAGCUGGAGAGCUCAGUGCAACUUUUGACCAUGAAGUGGUUCAUUUCCAUUGCCAUCUUUGCGUAUAGCAUUUUUCUUGAACCUACAACAAGAAGACAUUACUUUAGAACAUGAGAAGAAUGGUUUUGCCCAUGAUUUUCCUGCUUCAUGGGAAAGCAAAGCAGUUUCUUUGUGCCCCAAAGGGGAAGAGAUACAAACACGAAACAAAACACUCUCCUAGUUCUUAAUCGUAGUCAAAACUGGCCUGAUUUUGUUUGUUUGUUUGUUUGUUUGUUUUGCUUUGUUUUGUUUUUUUCAGUCAAAAUACUAAUGAAGAAAGCCGUAGCUUACAUCCUUCUCUGAUUUCUUCAGCAGGGUCAAAAGACAAUUACUGGCAACGGGGAUGUUUGUCAUAGAUUGUGGGGAGAAAGAUUUGUACAUGUAUGAUACUGUUGUUGUAACAAAUGGAUCAGAGUCUUGUGCUAUCAUUUUUCUUUUUCCAGCGGCACAUUCACCGAAGAGCACAAAGCAAGGCCAUUGCAACAGACAUUUUUAAACGAGUAUGAAACACACACGUGCGUGUGCACACACACACAAAUGCACACCCAGAGGCAUUUAUAAAGAUAUCCAUAGGAUGUAAGAUUUAUAACCUUUUUGAGGUAAGGUGAAGCUGUUGCCACUGUCUGUUCCUCCUAGGGACCAGUAUAUAUUUCCUGAAAGUUAAUUCCAGUGAUUUGUUAUUCUUUGAACCAUACGUUGAUUUGCUUCUGGUUUACGUUUAGUAUGUUCUCAGUGACAAGGGACUGCAAGGGGCUGGAAGAUUCUGCAUUACACACCCUCUGAGACCUACCAUGUCACACACUUUGUUAACUAUCAACUUCACUCCACACUAUACAGUACCUUGUUGAUAUAUUCAGUAAAGGCUUAUUUUAAAAGAAAACCACAUUGUGUUUAUCUGAGUAAGUUCAUUGGGGUUCUACCAAUACUUGCAUUCUUAAUGUUAAAAAGAAAUAUGGGAUGCUUCCUGAUGAUACAGGAGGGUGGCAGGGAUGAAGAAGGUAGUAGGAUCUUUCCCUUUCUCCUACCUUAAAGAAGUGUUUUUUAAGGCCAUGUGAGCCUUUUUGUGUGAGGGAUUUCUAUGACAUCUUCAUGUUCUUUUCUAUUUCCCAACUAGAUUGUGUGUUUUUAUAAAUAUCUUUUUAGUAUACACACAUACAUAAAACAUAUUGUUUUGUAUUUGUAAAAUCCGUGUUGUCUAGGAUAGAGAUAAAUACCAAUGUAGUUAUCCAAUCAGAAUAAUCUUUUUUUUUCCUAUUUCAACAUAUAAGCUAUUGGUUUUAAAUGUCAAUUUUCUUUAACAUAUUUUCAUGGUACAUUUCUACUUCAGAUCUGUUUACAGCUCGUGUAUGCAUACUUCUAAUGAGCACUCAUGAAAAUAUAUCUAUUCAUAUGCUCCACUUCAACUCAGAUUAAUCUCAAGGUUUGCCAGAGCCCUUUCUCUUAACUCUUCUUGACCAUUUCACUAAUAAUGUAUUUGACAGAGAUUAAAUCAGGAAAUAAAAUCACGACACUUCAGUUAACUAGUGUUAAUUAUUUGUAGACUCUCUGUUGGAAAAUUAAGUAUGAAAGACAAUGGUAACAGGUGAUUCACAUUACACUUGGGAGAUUUUAUGUCAAGUAAUGUCCAGGCAACUCCUAGUUACUUUUACCAAGAAUUACAGACCUUACUCUGUGAAAAUCAGACCCUUAGUCAAGGAAUACAACUCAUACAAAAAAAAAAAAAAAAAAAAAAAAAAAAAAGGUUAUUAAGAUCCUUCUACUUUGUUCCAGGCACCUGGGUGAGUAUAGAGUUUUCAGAGAGGAAUAAAAUGUCGUCUUCGGCAAAUCAAUCGUAUCUUCCACUUCCCUGUGCUCCUAAAGAAAUCUGUCCAUCCAAAGUAUUUACUCCUCAUCUACUUUCUACAGAGUACUAUGUUAGAUUCUUCUGGGGAUUUGGAGAAAAAUAUGACUCUGCUGUUAAGGAGCUCAUAGAUCAUGCAAUAAGCUCAUUUUCUAACACUUUCCAGAUUUUCAGAGACUGCAUUCUCUCAAACUCACCAGAGUGUCUAAGGUGACAAAAGAAAUACAUGUACUUCUUGGUAAAUUUGAUGAUGCAUUAGUUGUAUAUAUUAGAUGAUCUUGGUGUUUAAUAGAUGACACAAAGUGAUAGUGCAUUGAUAAAAUUUGAAUUGAAUUUGAAUUAACUUUUCAAACAUAUACUACAUGAUUGAACAUUUAGGAACUGUGUUUGGUAAUUAGACAUGCAACCUUAAAUUUCCUUUGGGCACCUGAAUAUAAACUAAUCUAAAACAAGAAUAAUGGCACCUUAUAAUCAUUGGUCACCUAUGUAAGACCAUAUAUAGAAUGCUUUGAUACAUGUGGUCACAUUUUGUCUUUACCCAUGUAAGGUACGUUAUCAUCACUAUUCAGAUUGUAAAGCUCAGUUUCCCGAGAAGUAUAGUGAUUGGUCCAUGAUCACAAAACCUGUAAAAUGACAAGAGUCGGAAUUAACCUAAACGUGACUCUUAGGCUCUUAAUUAUUUCCUGUCUCUUAAUAAAUUGACUAGCUUUAAGACUGACUAGGCUUCAAGGCAACUUCUUUGUCAAUGGUUAAAAUUUCACUUCACUCAGUGGAUGAUAUUAACUAUUGUUCAUGACAAAUCAAAGGAACAGUCUUAAAACCUAAAAAAUAUCCGUCUUUUAAAUCCAUUGGUUACAUAUCCCUGCUUUUUUUUUUUUUAAUAGAAAUUCUGUGCUUGUUAUUAUUGGGUGACUGCACAUUUUUCUGAUUUGAAAGCUUCAGAUGGAAUCAAGAUAUGCCUAAACCCACAGGGUGAGCUGAAAGAACUAUUAAAAGGACCUGAGUCAGGUUAUUUUUGGUAAUGAAUUUGUUUCAUACUUGAGAGGUUGCUCGAAGUAUUUUGGAGAUCCUGCUGAAGAUGCUCAUAUGUCAGAAUCUAUUAGGGCCUUAGCAAACUGGCUUCUGGAUUUACGCCUUUUUUUUUUUUUUUUCAUAGCACAAGUAGAAACCGUGUGUUUUAGAGGAUAUAGGAGUUUUGUUUUCAUUAGUUAUACUGAAAGUUAAGAGUAAAGACUUUGUAAUGGUACACUCUAAAACAGAUGCCUUUUUAGCACACACACUGACUAAUGAACCCAUUUACCCAUUUUCUUGGUACGAAGUCUAAACUAAAUGAAAAAUUUAUUACACCUUUAAGGAGAUUCUGGUCAUUUCAAUGACAUAAUCAACAUCCGUAUUGGGUCACUCUAUUCUUAACCAAAUAUAAAAUUGUGCUUUUUGAGAGCCUGCUAAACUCCGUGAUUUGGGUAAUAAGGGCCUUUGUUAAUUUCAUUUUUUUUUUCCCAUUCCACAAAUAUUUGCUGAGGCCUGGUAAGUUUUGGUGCUGACGGUAACUUUGUAUCAUUGAAAAUCUUCCCUGGAAGUUACUGGCAUUCAAUACAUGGGUUAGGCUUUUCCCACUUCUUUGCUUUCUUUAAGGGCUCACACUCUUACAUUUAAAUAAUCUGGCACAUUUCUACUUCCAACAGUUGUAAGAUUUCACGAAUGUAUUUUCUUCUCUCAGUUUCCAAACUCUGGCAUGGCUAGGACACUCCCUGUGGUCUCUAGUCCACUUAUAUUUUUCCUACACACUGUGGGACAAAAGGACGAAGAUCGGUAAAGAAUGCCUGACUGUGACACUGUUUUGGUUUCAAAAUAUUCCAUUGCCAUGACUUAUGGGAGAAUUCAAACUCUUUGUAUGACAUAUAUGCCAUAUAUACAUUGCUCUCUGACAUUCCUUGCCAGAGUGUCCCCCUCGUUCAUUAUGUGCUCUAGACUAGAUCCAAAUUUGAUAUAAACAGAGUCUAUCUCCAAGGAACCUCCAACUCCUGACUCCCGUAGUUUUGCUCAAGGUCUUUUAUCCUAUGACAUGCACUUUCUCCUUUGCUCAGUGACCUGUUCCUUCCUCAAGAUACAACUCAAGUGCCCCCACUUCGGGAAGUUUCUCAAAUAAUAUCUGUCAAUUAUCUGAGCCUUCUGUGCAGCUAAUAUAAUUUUAAAAUACUUUUAUUUAUGGCAUCUAUACAUUGUGGUUUUUCAUGGGUCUGUUUCAUGCCUAUGCUCCAAGCCCCCCGAAGACAGACUACACAUUCUGUCAAUUGCUAUAUGUCAUCCAGUGCUGAGUAGACUGUCCAGACCUUGACAGGCGUUUAGUUCAUGCUUUUGGGUAAAAUGAGAGUAGAACACAUGAGACCCUGCCAUGAUAGCAGGCUCCCUGUGGGUCCAGGCUUCCCCGAACAGCAACUGCUUAAAUGAUAUCUACCUUGUCAGUCUUCUAUGGCUCGAUGCCUUUCUAAAAAGCCUCAGAAUGUUCUGUGAAAUUCUGGAUAUGUAGAAUUAACCUUGUUCAAAUUCCACAAUAUAUAAUUUACAAGAAUACACAAAACAUACAUUUUUCUAAACAAAAACAAAAACAAAACAAAAC